AUGAUCGGAAAUCCCCAAAGGCUGGAAGCGAUGAUGAAGCUGAUCCGCACGCUCCGCCCGCGCGUGAUGGUGGUGAUCGAGACAGAGGCGAACCACAACGCGCCCGAUUUUGGCCACCGGUUUGUCGAGAUGCUGUUCACCGUCGGCGGGUAUUUUGACUACCUAGCAACUUGUAUGGAAAGGAAAGAGGAGGCGAGGGCGGCGGUGGAGUCGUGGUAUUUGAACGAUCGGAUUUGA